AUGAAGCUUUUUUUUUUUUUUUUCAAUAUAUUAGUCUUUUUAUACCGUAUUAAUGCGCAAUUAAGUGAGGUUUAUGAUGAAAAUCAGAAAAGUACACAAUUUCAUUUUGCUUUAUGGACGGUGUUAGUUCUUAUUUCUGCAUUUAUUUUGGGAACUUAUGCAACUUUUCAAAUUGCAUAUACAAAAGAUUCUUUGCUAUAUUCAAAAAUUAACACAUCAAAUAAUGGAAAGUGA